AUGAAUUUCUCAUCGCCUCAGUUCUUAACCUCUUUUGAUCCUGCCCUCGAACUCCAUUCCGACAUUGUAAACACCGCUAAUCCUCCCUCCGAAUCUUGCUUCGACGACGAUCUUGAGGCGAUCCAUACAGAGCGUCAACAGCAGACACGCAAUAAAGUCGUGAUACAACACCGCGCCUGGAAUUUGUCGGAUGUGUUUCGUAGUGACGACGAAAUAGGACCUAUUACCCCGACAAAGGCCGCUGUUCAGACUCCGCGAACGACUACUCGAACACCAACUCAGAGUUUGGUGUUUCUUCCAUCGUCUCCUCCAAUUACAAGAAUGCCGUUUAUAGCAUCACCAGGCGCUAUGGCACACGCCACUUCUAACGACGAUCCACAGAAAAGAAAGGCCGUGGAGGCCGACGAAAACUCAUGGCAGGUUGAACCUAAGAGGCAAAGAAUGCUAGGUGGAUUCGUUGAUGACGAUGAUGACGAAGACGAUGAUAUUGCAGCCCUUAGAGACGAGCAAUUGAAGAAUCAAUUCGAGCUGCAGGAGUACAUCGGGCCCGAGCCAGCAGACAUUCACGAUCUAGAGCGGCCAAAAAUAACUACGGACAUCUCCCAGACGGCCGAUUCUACAUCUCAGAUAGUCCCGACAUUUCAGUGGGAAGCAGCAUCUCGGCCCGCGCCGAGGAAAGUCCAGAUCAAAACCUGCUCAGGCAGAACACAUCAGAUCCCCAUUAAGAAAGCACAGGCUCCUGUUUCCUACGAGCGUUUGAUUGCCAGUCGCUCUGAGGUAACUCAGGGAAGAGCGACAAAGAGCUACUAUGGCAUUGAAAUCCAUAAAAUGCUGGAUGAUGUAUCAAGAGAGGCGAAGGCCACUACAUCAACACCUCGACCUCCUGUCCAGCCAUCCGUCGAGAAUCCCGAAAGAGAUGUCAGACAAAAGAAGUCGGAUGGCAUGAUGUGGACGGAGAAGUAUCGAGCUCGUAAAUUUACAGACUUGAUUGGAGAUGAGCGCACUCACCGCGCGGUUCUCCGCUGGAUGAAAGGGUGGGAACCGAUCGUGUUUCCAGGUCUCGCUCGGUCGAAGACAAAGAAUCAUGGCCUUGGCAAUGACCAGGAGGAUGACAGCGAGGAACGAAUGCACCGAAAGGUCCUUCUUCUGAGUGGACCUCCUGGUCUCGGAAAGACCACUUUGGCGCAUGUCUGUGCCAAACAAGCUGGUUACGAAGUGCUUGAAAUCAAUGCUAGUGAUGACCGCAGUAAGGAUGUGGUCAAGGGACGUAUACGAGAUGCUCUAGGAACGGAGAACAUCAAGGGCUCCAACGUGGAAAUUGGCGAAAAGAAGGUGCGCCGUGCCGCAAGGCCUGUCUGUGUGAUUGUGGAUGAAGUUGAUGGUGUCGUUGGAGGCUCGGGAAGUGGCGGCGAGGGCGGUUUCAUGAAAGCCCUGGUCGACCUUGUGUUGCUCGACCAGCGAAAUUCUAAUCGAAGCGCUGAGAAUGGCGGGAAAGGUGGCAAGAAACGAAAAGGAGAUAAUUUUCGUUUUCUUCGGCCUUUGAUCAUGGUUUGCAACGAUCUAUACCAUCCCAGCCUUCGGCCACUGAGAGCUGCGUCUAUUGCUGAGAUGAUUAACGUUCGACAAGCCCCAAUGGAAAAUAUGGUUCAGCGUGUGAAGGAUAUCUUUGUUCGAGAAGGGAUUCCAUGUGACGGUGAUGGCGCCCGAAGGCUUUGUGAAGCUUCCUGGGGACUAGUAAGCAAACGGCAACGUAGCUCGAAGAAUUCGGGCUCUGCGGAGGGUGAUAUUCGCAGUGUCCUUGUUGCUGGAGAGUGGGUGGCGCACAAGCUUCGGAACGAGUUUUCUUCGUCGGCGAGAUUGACUCGAAAUUGGCUGGAGCAACGAGUCCUCAGUGCGUCAACUGAAGGUAGCUCUUUCUUCAAGGAGAUGAGCCGAGGCGGAGUGCGUGAAAUUGUGAACCGCGUUUUUACGGACGGAGGUGGCUUUGAUACUCCUACGGGUAUGAGCUUUAAGGAUCAAUUUGGUGGUGCCAACGACCGACUACCCGUCGGCGUGGCAGAUCUACGAAAGCGACAUGCUAUCAAUCGACUACGAGAGAUGGUGGAUGCUAGCGGCGAACAUGACAAGUGCAUUAAUGACUGCUUCGCCGCAUAUCCCAUUCAGCAAUUCCAAGAUGAUAACUAUCUCUCGAAACCAGGUGCUGCUUACGACUGGCUCCACUUCCACGAUACAGUUUCCCACAAGGUGCAUGCUUCUCAAGAGUGGGAAUUAGGACCAUAUCUGAGCCAAUCUGUUCUUGCCUUCCAUCACCUCUUUGCCUCGGCCAGGGGUAAGAUCGAGGCCCCUGAAAGGGCGGAAGAUGAUGAUACCGAAGAACAUCCAUUUUCCGGCCCGAGAGCAGACUUUGCCGCGUUCGAAGCACAAAAGCAGAACCGCGCAAUCCUGAACGGAUUCCAUACGUCCUUCUCAGCUCCCAUGACUAGAUUGUUCCGGUCAGGCGACAAUGUAACCACCGAGUUAAUUCCGCAUCUGGUCAGGAUGCUUUCGCCUGAUGUCAAGCCAGUGAUCGUCCGCGGUCAAGGCGAUCAAAGGAGCACAGCUAGCGUUCGCAAAGAAUCAGAGCGUGUUCUUGUCCAGUCUGCUGUGCGAGUGAUGGCAGGAAUGGGGGUGACAUUUGAGAAAGUCCGAGUGGAGCAUGAAGGUGGAAGUCACGGAGGAUGGGCCUACAGAAUGGAGCCACCCAUUGACGAGCUUGUGGCUUUCUCCCAAGCUGGAAGUACUUUGGCUUCCACUAGCAGCUCUGCGCCUGUUCGUUACGCCGUUCGUCAGGUAUUAGACCAAGAGUAUCGCAAAGAAAUAAAGCGCAAGCAAUCUGACCACAUGUCUACGGCCAGUGGGAUACCUCAUGGAAAGGUAGCUGAUGGGCGUGACGUCGUUCAAAAGGCGCUGGGAGAAGGCGUUGUCAAGCGUGAUUUCUUUGGGCGGGUGAUUGAUGAGCCCACGCCCGUCAACGGCUCAGAGGAUCGUCAAAUAGAUGACACCUCAAAGGCCGGAAGGAAAGUGUGGGUUACAUACCACGAAGGAUUUUCCAACGCGGUGCGUAAACCUAUAUCGAUGAAUGAAUUAUUGGUUGGGCUUUAA